AUGGACCCAUCCUGUGUUGCCCAACAGGCAGCCGGAACAGUUCAGCCUUCGUUCUACUACUACAACCCUGAGCCUGAGUCGCGUCAUGGCCAGCACGCAUUCUUCACUCCUCACCCAAACGAGUACCAGCACGCCCAGAACCAGAUGAUGAUGGUCCAACCCCAGAUCCCACAGCAGUACGCUCAGCACCACCACAUGCAGCCACAACUACACCUACACCCAUCCGAACAGCAGAACGGUGCGCAAUUCCGACCACUCAGCGCAAAGGGCUACCUAUCGACGCCCACCACGACAAACAGCCCAUCUCCAUCUCCACAGCCAAUGCACAUUAAGCCUAGCGUUUUCCUGCACGGCUCACCUGGACUCUUGUCCCUGGACACUAACUGUGGCUGGGCUGACGCGAACGGAUUCCCAUCAACGCCUCCAUUGUCAACUUCCGGCAGCAGCAUCAGCAGCCCUCCAUCAAGUUGUGGUAUGUUGCACACCCCAGUUGGCGGCGAGACUUUCCGUUUGGAAGGCAUCGAGGGUGUCAAGGAAGGCUGUGAGACGGACGUGGAACUCGAACUCCUGUCCGACUCUCACUGGAAUCGCUCUGCCUCGCCCGAGAUGACGCCUCUGUACGUCCGUCCCUUUUCGGUACAAUCCAACGCCAGUUUACAGCCCGCCGAGACCAGCCACCAAAGUGCUAAUAGCGGCACCGAGGGCGGGUCUUCGCUUACCUCAUCAUCCUCGCGCUCACCUUCUCGUUCUCCCAUCCUCACUUCUUCCCUUCUACACGAGACGCCCACGCCUUCGUUCUCCUCGCAGCCCUCCAGCACCGACUUCUGUGACCCACGGCAGCUCACUGUCGAAUGCCCAGUUCUCUCGCUGCCCGUUCCCGACUUCCCGCCGCUCCCGCCGCUCUCGACCGUUGACGAGGAAAGGUCUCGGUUUGACGGCUUGCUCGGCACCUCUUCGUUGAACUGUAAACUAGAACAUAGCCUCACCGUUCCUGGCCUCGACCACACGGAUGACACGCUUGAAAGCCUAUCUACCUUCGACGCCAUCUCAGAUCUCGACUCUGAAGACGAAUUCGUCAACGGCAUAGUCAAUUUCACCCCCACCGAGAACGCCUUUUUCUUGGGUGACAAACGCCGACGCAUCACUAGCAACAGCAACUCUCAUGAAGACGACCUCAUAAGUGAACAGAGCUUGGAAGAUCUGGAAGACGGUGACCUGUUCGCCCGUUCUUGCAUUCCACUUCCAGAGUUCGACACCCUUGACCAGUGCAUGGUUGCUGGAGAUAUGAGGACGAAGAAGCGAGUUUCUGCUACCGGCAGACGUGUUAACAAGCAACUGCCCUCCACUCCCGAAGACAGUGACGCUGAUAACCUGGGCUCCAUAAUACAAGCUGCCCAGAACAACGUUAACGGCCGCACCGCCCACACUGACUCUUCUUCCACACAGGCUCAACAGCAGUCUGGUGCACCAAGCCAUGAAAGCUCAGAGACCAACCCACAGAGCACCGCCUCUUCGGAGACUCCCGCUCCUACUCCCAUGCUUCCCGUUGGUCGUCGUGGCCGCAAGCAGUCCUUGACCGAGGACCCCUCCAAGACAUUUGUCUGCACUCUUUGCUCUCGCCGCUUCCGUCGCCAGGAACACCUCAAACGCCACUACCGCUCCCUCCACACCGAAGACAAGCCAUUUGAGUGCCAGGAUUGUGGAAAGAAAUUCUCUCGCAGUGACAACCUAGCCCAGCACACCCGUACCCACGGCGGCUCUGGUAUGCCCAUGACAAUGUCAGAUCACCACCCUGAAUCAUCUCCGUUCGAUGACCAGGACGCUGGUGCCUUAGGUGCCGUUCUCUAUGAGGUUGCCCAGGCUGCUGCCAACAAGUCGACGACCAGUGAAUCGUCAGAUAGCGGCCUCUCCGCCCGCGAAACCCAAUCCCCUACGCCAUUCACAAACCGAAAACGCCCACUCAAGAAACGCAAGCGUGAAGCAUCUGAGUAA